AUAGGCCCUCAAUUGCGCACUCUCCACCACGAUGAAGCUCUCCGCACUUCUCCCGCUCCUCCCUGCCGUUGUUGCGAUCCCCUUCCCUCCUCCAACGGGCCCCUACGGCGUGGGCAUCACACAGCACGUCUUCAACCACACGACGCCCAACGACCCCGUCGCCUUCGCGGUAAAGCCGUCAAACGGUACUGGCCACCUCCUCACGACCAUCUACUACCCGACCCUACAGCUGCCCACCCCGCUGAACACCACCGCGCCCUACCUCGACCCCACGACCGCCUCUGUAUGGGGCGACCCGCUCCUCUUCUCGAAAGGCGCCCUCGAAACCCUCACAACGUGGACGCAAUGGCAGGCGCCCACCCUGAAAUCCUCCACCGGCCUGCCCACCGUCAUCUUCAGCCCCGGCGGCGGCGAGAACGCCGUAAUGUACAGCUACCUGACGACCGCCCUCGCGUCGAACGGCUACACGGUGCUGGCGCUAGACCACCCAGGCGAGGCGCCGUACGUGCAGUUCCCAUACGGCGGCGAUGGAUACUACGGGAUCGAUAUCACGGCGACCUGGAACCGCACUCUCAUGACCGACGUCUACAAGAUGCGUAUCUCGGACGCGCAGGCGAUAAUCCACAAACUCUUCCCGCCGCUCGUCGAGAGCUACAAAGCGCCCUUCAACACGACGCAUUUCGUCAUGAUAGGCCACUCGAUUGGCGGUGCUGCCGCAGCGGGCGCAAUGGAGCUCGAGCCCUCCAUCAUCGGCGGCGUCAACCUGGAUGGCGGCUUCUUCCCCGAAGUCUCGCUGCCGGACGUCAAGCGGCCGUUCUUGCUAAUGGCGGGCAGCGAGCACACGCCCGCGAUUGACCCGACUUGGUCGCCGUUUUCCAAGAAUCAGAGUGGGUAUUGGCAGUGGGUUAAUAUCACCGGGACGGCGCAUCAGGACUACAGCGAUUUGGCGGAUUGGGUCGAUCUGCUGGAUAUGCGGAAUAAGACCGCGAUUCCAGGCAGCUUUGGUACGAUAUGGGCGCCGCGGAUGGACUUUUUGGUCAGCACGUUUGUGGAGGCGUUGUUGGAUUUGGUGCUGGGUGUGAGGCAGCAUGUGCUCGAUGGCCCCAGUUCGAAGUACCCAGAGGUAGUCUUUGUGAACGAGAGCAGGAAGGGUUAUUGAUAUCCGGUAUCUCGUACAUAGUAGGUGCGUAGUUGAAAAGCGCCAUUAGGUGUUCUAUUCUUUCAGACCAGGGAUUCUGGUCACGUGCUCUC